AUGGCGCAGGUCUUUGAUGACUUCGGAGGUUGCGUCGUCGGCGCCGUGGAUGGUGAAGGUGAGCACAGCGGUGAUGACAUCCUGUACGUCUUUCCAGAUGGGCUGACCGCGCUGGUCGGCAGCUUCAAAGAUGGGGUCUUCGUCCGCGGCCGCUACGCGCGCCUGCAGGCGCCUUUGGUCCGUCCCGCACGCGAGUCAGACUUGGAGGGUCUGCUUUCCGCGGACGUAGACUUUCCUGCCUUCGCUUUGGCGCAGGAAAUCCCCGACUUUGUGCACCGUGAUGUUUCGACACGAGAGAUGCUCUCGGCUCAGCCUUUGAUCCCAGACCUUUUGGAACUGGAGCGCGUGACGGUCUCGCAGAGCCGUUUGAAAGAGGACAUGGAGGGCCUUUUCGCGAAGCGGCUCUUGCGGGCGGGCGAGCUGUGUAGCUGGUACAACGGCCUGCGCUGUAGCCACGAGGAAGUCAACGAGCGGGACUGGUGCCUGAAUGGCAUGACGAUCACGCUCGACAACGAGACCGUCCUGGACGUGCCCGCGGAGUUUGCAUCAACGGAUGUCUUCCGAGCAUGUUUGGGCCACAAGGCCAAUCACCGGAAGCCCAACAACGCCAAGUACGACGUCUUCGACCACCCCCGGUUUGGUCUCAUAAAGGCCAUCCGUGCUGUGAGGGACAUCGCUGCCGGCGAGGAGAUCUGCUGCGAUUACGGCUACGAAGGUGAACAAGAG